UUAAAACAAGCAAACAGAAAAAGACACAGUAUAAAGCAAUAUACUGCAUAUAGCAAUAUACUGUAUGCACAACAUAAUCACACAAAGUAAAAUCUAAAAACACAUGAUUUCAUAAAUUACCAAAUAAAAAACGUGACUGUACAGCAUGACUAAGGAAGCGUGUUUAUAUUCUGCUGGCAAAAUACUAACAAUCUAUCAUCUUGCAGGGAAAAUCAUGAUCAUUUUGCUGUUACCAGGCAACCAAUGCUUAAUACAUGAGGACAAGCUUUGGAGGACCACAGUGCAUGUAGCGAAGCAGCUGACAGCUGCCCACCUCCACCGCUCUCACCUUAGUUAGUCAGCAAGAUAUGCUGCAUUGCAUCAAGAGCUCAUGGCAGACUUCUGGAGAUGAACUCAGUUAAUGUCACAGACUGGAGGAUGGGAUGUGCUAAUGGUGACAUCUGCUUCCAGAGACAACAAAACAGCUCUUUAUAUAUAGCCUUAUGCAAAAUGCAUUAUCAUUUAAUCAAUAAUGAAAGUAAUCAUUCAUUUUGUCUAUGGAAGUCAUGUCAGAAUUGAUAUUCUUAUCACAAGUUUCCCUCUCAUCACCUAUCAGAUUAUCUCUUAUGUUGACAGUUAAAUAAUUAAAUAUUCAGUCAAAAAUCUUCCCAAACUGGUUCUUCUUAUCCAAAAAAGUGUUAUCCAAUAGCAUUUAGAGGCCCAAUGUGUUUCCAUGUGGAGGGUCUUGUCAUAAACAACUUUAUAUAUUUCGCUCUAAAACAUACAUUAUGCAGUGUGGUGAUGCUAUUGUUUCUCAUUUGUCAGCCAAACAAUGACACCAAGAUACUGGCAUGAUUUGUUUUACACUUCUCCCUGUCAAUCACUCGGCGAGAGUGGGCGUCAUAUCAUUUCUCAAAAAUUCCAGUGUAGUAAGUUUUUCAGUUCUGGCAUGGGUAGUGCGGUGUCAUGCUAAGAAAAUAUGAAAGGGCCUCUGGCAUGGCAGGCAGUGCGGACAGAUGGUUGGUCCAGCUCAGACGUACAAGGAGAAGCCCCAGCAGAAUGCAUGAAUCAUCAUUCCACCAACUGUUCCUCUCAGCAUGUCCUCAGAAUUCAACUCACUCGCUCCUUGUUUUCAUGGCCUGACAAAAAUGUUGUGUUAUGGUGAAUAAAUCACUCAACAACAUCAUGAUGAAGUGAUGCUACACCUUCAAGCAGGGCUGCAGGUCUGCAGGUCUGCAGGUCUGUAAUAUCACCGGCAGCUGGAAGUGUCUCUGAUCUCGAAAAGCUUGGACAGAUGUGCUUUGACCAGUAAAAUAUUUAUAGGGAUCUGGCAUUAAGGUUUGUGGUGUCCCUCAAGAAAGCUACUUUUGCUGCAGACUCACUUUUACUUCUUACUUAAAAUGAUCACUAGUUGUGGACAGCAUGCCAAAAAAAAAAAACCAAAAAAAAAAACCAAACCCAACAGCUCUUCACAGCAGGACCCGACUGUAUUCCAUCUGUUUACAAUUCAGAAAAAUUUCACAGCAGAUGUUCAUUCAGAAAUGUUAAGUCAAACAGGAGAUUAUUAUUAUUAUUAGCUGAGCAGAAAGGGAGAAAAUGGAGAUUCAAGAGGGAAAAUUCAUUAAAAACAAGGCACUUUACAAUAUUGCGGUUAAAAUGUGUGUAUUUCAAAUUAUUUGUGCUUUAAUUGUAGAGAAAGGUGCUUUUUCAGACAACUACACCCUUAACUUAUCCCAAUAGAGCUGCUAUGAUUAUAAUCAGUGAUGUAGCUAUAAAUUAAAGGACAGCAAACAACUGCAUGACCUCAGCUUAUCUAGAAAAAUGUAUUCUAUUAGCAAGAUUGCACUAUUUAUGUUCCCCUCCCAGCCGUAUUCUCUUUGACAGUGGGAUCUAUUUUCAGAGUUUCAUGUGGUAAAGUUAAAAUAAAAAGGGUGGAUAUAUUGUUUUUAUGCUGUCCCUUUCUGUUGUUAUAUGUCAUUGGUCCACAUUUCCCCCCCACACACACUAUCAAGAGUGCAUUCACAUUUCCACCAUGUCUUUUCUCAGUGGGAAUCCAGCUACACGGCACUGCAGCUACACGACUACAGAUAACAGAUUCGUUGGUUUAGCAGCCUACGUGUGUGUCUCUUGAUUCUGCAGUUAUGUUACACCAGCACCAGGUAGCCUCUGCUGAAAGGUAGCAGGUAUGUUGGUGUGUGUCAGUCAAAGCUGAUGGAGAGGCGGAUUGGCUUCUUUCAGCCCGCGGGGCUCCAGGCUCCACCUCUCCAUCAGACGCCUGCCUGUACUGCGCUUGUUGCAGUGAGCGCGGAGGGUUUGUGCGCUCUCAGGUUACGCGUGUGAAGUUGUGUACAAGAGGAUAUCGAAGACAUCCAGCUACUUAGAGAAGGAACAAAGUAGAGGCUCACUUCUGUCGUUUCACUCUUUAAACUGGGGAAUACAAUUGAGUCCUCGGACAGGGGCUGCGAAAAAGCAAGAAAACGAGUUUGUGGCAUUUAACUGAGAGACCAAGCAUACCCAACAGUAUGCGGUGCAGUUAUGGCAGGCAAGGGUAAGACAGUCGUGAGGACACUGGAGGAUUUAACGCUUGAUUCUGGUUAUGGUGGAGCCGCGGACUCGGUCAGGUCGUCCAGCGUGUCGCUGUGCUGCUCCGACACGCAUCAGUCCCUCUCACAUGGGGCCAACUGCUGGCAUCUGACGGAAUCCAUGCACAGCAGACAAAACAGUUUGGACACAGUCAACACAGUCCUGGCGGAGGACACGGAGAUACUGGAGUGCUCGGGUCAGUGCGCAAAGCUGCCCGAGCUGGAGGACGUGCCAUGGAGCCUCGGCGAGGUGGAGGGCGCACUGAGGAAAGACGUGGAGCUGAUGGUGGGCAACCCGCCACCGGAGGUCUUGGCUCGGCUGUCGGCUCUCAUCAGCCGCGCGCUGGUGAGGGUGGCACGGGAGGCGCAGCGGCUCAGCCUGCGGUACGCCAAGUGCACCAAGCAUGAGCUCCAGAGCGCCAUCAAGGUGGUGCUCUCAUGGACCAUCUCCGUCAACUGCAUCACGGCGGCUCUCAGCGCCCUGUCCCUCUACAACAUGAGCACCGGGGACAAGUUCAGCCGAGGCAAGUCGGAGCGCUGCGGGCUGGUCUUCUCCGUGGGGAAGUUCUUCAGGUGGAUGGUGGAUAGUCGGGUGGCCCUCAGGAUCCACGAACACGCUGCCAUAUACCUCACCGCCUGCAUGGAGAGUCUGUUCAGAGAGGUGUUCAGCCGCGUCCUUCGCAGCGCCCUGGUGGAGAGGGACAACGGGAUCCCCAAGUUUACGCUGGAGUCGCUGGAGCAAGCCAUCAACAACGACUCGGAGAUCUGGGGUCUGCUGCAGCCAUACCAGCACCUCAUUUGUGGCAAGAAUUCAAGUGGUGUGCUGAGCCUGCCAGAGAGUUUGAACCUGCACCGGGACCAGCAGCGCUCAGGGAGGGGCAGUGAGUGUCAGGGAUACACCCAGGCUGAGCUCCGCACACUGGAACAGUCGCUGCUCGCAACCCGGGUGGGCAGCAUCGCGGAACUGAGUGAUUUGGUAUCCCGGGCCAUGCACCACCUCCAGCCACUGCACAUCAAGAACCCCAGCAAUGGGACUCCAGUCCACCAGAAGACCAACACCAUAGUCCACUGGGAGCCCGAGGCCCUCUAUACCCUGUGUUACUUCAUGCACUGCCCACAGAUGGAAUGGGAGAACCCCAAUGUUGAGCCCUCCAAAGUCACCUUACAGACUGAGAGGCCGUUCCUGGUACUGCCUCCGCUGAUGGAGUGGAUCCGGGUGGCAGUCGCCCACACUGAGCACCGACGAAGUUUCUCUGUGGACAGCGAUGAUGUGAGGCAGUCCGCCAGACUGCUGCUCCCCGGUGUGGACUGUGAACCUCGACAAAUAAAAGCGGAGGAUUGUUUCUGUGCCACCAGAAAGCUGGACGCAGCCUCCACUGAGGCCAAGUUCCUGCAGGAUCUGGGCUUCAGGAUGCUCAACUGCGGACGGACGGACCUGGUCAAGCAGGCCGUGAACCUGCUGGGGCCUGAUGGCAUUAACAGCAUGAGCGAACAGGGAAUGACCCCUCUCAUGUACGCCUGCGUCCGCGGUGACGAGGCCAUGGUCCAGAUGCUGCUCGACGCCGGAGCCGACAUCAACAGCGAGGUGCCAAGCACAGUAAACAAGCACCCCUCAGUUUAUCCUGAAACGCGCCAGGGGACACCACUCACUUUCGCCGUGUUACACGGACACGUCCCUGUCGUGCAGUUGCUGCUGGAUAAUAGAGCGAAUGUGGAGGGCGCCCUGCAGGAUGGGGCGGAGAACUACACGGAGACCCCGCUUCAGCUGGCUGCUGCUGCAGGUAACUUUGAGUUGGUGAGUUUGCUUUUGGAAAGAGGGGCCGACCCCAUGAUCGGGACCAUGUGUCGAAACGGCAUCUCCUCUGCCCCACUGGGAGACAUGAACUCAUACAGCCUGGCAGCAGCACAUGGCCACAGGAAUGUAUUUCGGAAGCUCCUGGCCCAGUCAGAGAAGGAAAAGGGGGAUGUGCUGUCCCUGGAGGAGAUCCUGGCCGAGGGUUCGGAUCCCGGGGAGAAGAGGUUGGCACCGCAGGCCAAUGGCGGAGGGACCCUUCGAACAGGAAAGGCCAAACUGAGGGCCCUGAGAGAGGCCAUGUACCAUAGCGCAGAGCACGGCCAUGUGGACAUCACCAUAGACAUCCGCAGCUUAGGCGUUCCCUGGACGCUGCACACCUGGUUCGAGUCCCUGCGUACCUGCUUCAUCCAGCACCGCCGGCCGCUGAUCCAGGGCCUGCUCAAAGACUUCAGCUGCAUUCAGGAGGAAGAGUACACAGAGGAGCUCAUCACGCACGGCCUGCCGCUCAUGUUCCAGAUCCUCCGAGCCAGCAAGAAUGAGGUAAUAAGCCAGCAGCUGUCAGUCAUUUUCACCCAGUGCUACGGGCCCUUCCCCAUUCCAAAGCUGACAGAGAUCAAGAAGAAACAGACCUCCCGCUUAGACCCCCACUUCCUUAACAACAAGGAGAUGUCUGAUGUUACUUUCCUGGUGGAGGGGAAACCGUUUUAUGCACACAAAGUUUUGCUGUUUACAGCUUCACCCAGGUUCAAGUCACUGCUCCAGAACCGACCAGCAGCAGAGAACACCUGUAUUGAGAUCAGCCAUGUCAAGUACAAUAUUUUCCAUCUGGUCAUGCAGUAUCUGUACUGUGGAGGCACUGAAUCUUUGCACAUACGCAACACUGAAGUUAUGGAGCUCCUGUCUGCCUCCAAAUUCUUCCAACUAGAGGCCCUUCAGAGACACUGUGAGAUCAUCUGCUCCAAGAACAUCACCACAGAAACCUGCGUGGACCUCUACAAACAUGCCAAGUUCCUUGGGGCCACGGAGCUUACUGCUUUCAUCGAGGGCUAUUUCCUGAAGAACAUGGUGCUGCUGAUUGAACUCGACAGCUUCAAGCAGCUGCUGUACGAACCUCCUCCCGCCGAGAGCCCGGUGUCCAGCUUGUCCAGCCCCGGCAUCUGCUUCGACAUCCUCCAUGACCUGGAGAACACUUUGGCCACGCGCAUCCGCUCCAUCCACCUCUCCACCUCCAAGGGCUCCGUGGUGUGACGUCGUCCUCUCCGAAGCCCUCCGAUCCAGGCACAGCAUCCAUGUAACACCACUUUUAAUGACCAGUGCCCCGCUACAGCCCUGCCCACCUGCCCUGGCCCCACUGCUGAGGAGGGGCUGUCGGAUAUUUUUAUGUCAGGGAUUCCCUUUAAUUCUGCCUGUUGCAGCCCCCUUGAGAGUUAAGGUUGGCAUACAUGACCAAAUCAGAGAGAGAACUUUCUCGCCUUGUCAGAGCCUUGAACUCUGUUGUCCUAAUGGCUCCCACUGAUCACUUCACACCCCUACAGUAAGAAAAAACUGUAAAAAAAAUAAACAGAACUGACCCAGCAGUAUCACUUAGACCUAAUCGUGAAUAUGAAACUUAUUGUAUUUCAUAUAGGAUACAUGCAUGAAAUACAUUCUGUACACCUCUUUUCGCUUAAAAAGGUAGAGUAGAAAUUUAACUCAAUAAAAGCAGCUUUCUCAUCAUCUCUGAUAUGAGACUUUGGUUUACAAACAACAUCACUUUAUGGAAGUGGAUGCCAUUGCAGUAUAAAGUUUGACACAUGCCAAAAUAUAAUCCUACUAUACAACCAAUCAAAGUUACUAGUAGCAAUGCCAGGAGACUUGGAACUUAUUUACAUUUCAUUCUGUCACUUCUAUGUUGGAUACGUUUCACUGUGUUAUAUCUACUCUGUGCAGAGGCCAAACUGAUCACAGGAACUUCCACCGUGGCCGACACUGCAGCGCUGAUUGAACUAAAGACGGCCCACUCAGUGAAAUCUAUGCUGACGUAUGCUUGAAACAUGGAUGUCCAACUGGGAAAUUUACUUGUGAUAACUCCACGAACACUGUCGACUUUUUUGCAUGACACCUACUCAACUGAGCUGCCCUGAUAUUGCUUUUUAUGCAGAGCUUACUUCAUGGACCACUUUCGCAAAGGGGAAGUAAGGGAAAACGCUGCUUAUUAACUUUCUAUCCACUGCAAAACAGACUGAGCGGGAUUUGGAGACGGAUUUCGAUUGGCAGGGACUUUCUCUUUAAAGAUAUUUAAAGCAAAGUGUAAAUACGUCCUUAAAGUCAUCGUGCUGGUCGUUCUUUUUUUGUAAACUGAUGUACAGUAUUCUCCUACGCUUGGCUGAUGACACCAGUCUCAUUGAAUGUGCUCCCUGAACAGUUUGUUCCUGCUGUAUGUGUCUGUUUAUGCAAAAGUUGCAUGUUUAAUCUGUUUGUUUGAAUCCUCCGUUUCGCUUUAGGUGUGCUUUCUGUGUAGAUCGGUAGAGCUGAGUAGGUUGUUGAUUGUUCCUGUUGAAGUCCAAUCAAUUCCCUUCAAUUAUUUUGCUAUUUCUGAUACAUUCCAAAUUAUCAGGGUAGAUCACGAGAUGCAUUUUAAAGUCAGUUUUUGUUUUAGGCUUCACCUCAGCUGAAUUUCUCAAUGACAUCAUUUCUGUGACAGAAAAGUUGAAUUCUCACACACUGUCAACAGAGUUUAUUAGAGACACAACAAUGUUACGUGACUCACAAAGUCAUCCACCUGUUUUUAGGCAAAUUUUCAUUUUGCGCAUAAAAAAAACCCGAGUGGACACGCCCAAAAUUCAAAAAACAGCAGAAAUAUCUCAAAAAAGUUUUUACGGUUGGCAGAGGUGGAAAAGUUGGUAGAUAACAAUCAAUAAAAGCAAAAUGCAACAAAGUGCAAUGGAAAUUGACUUAGUGAAUAAAUGAUGACGUACAUGAAGCGUCUACUGAAGCUUCCACUGAGGAGACAAAAAAUGGCAGGAGAUGAAAACAUCAGAUCUGUGUGGAGCACUGACUGUAUAUAAAGAUGGACGACAUGACAGCUCCCCAAAAGUGAAGCCAAAACAUCUUGAUCGCCCCCGGUGGCUGGCUGCAGUAUAGGUCAUAACCCCCCGACCCCUCCAUGUUAGCGGAUGGGACAUGAGCCAAACUAAAGACUCGAAGUACAUGUCAAAUUUUUAUUUAUGUAUUUAUUUUUGGUCAUUUUAGGUAGUUCUUAUCACACUGAUGUGUGUUCAAGUGUUCGUUUUUCUGAUAAGUUUGGUUCUAAUUAGUUAUUUGAUGCUAUAAAAAGCUCAGCCUCAGCUGUCACGAUUGACAGCUGAGGCUCGCUCGCGAUUGAGUCGGCCAGGUUUAUGGGCAGGACCUCGAUACCACGGCUCCAACUCCGAUCCCAACUGCGUAGACUCUGGCUCCAAAUGACAUCACCAGCGCAAGAUGGCAGUUCCCAUAUCCGGAAUAUUUUGGUUUCAUUUUUGUACAGUGGGAGGAAGUGAAGACGUGUCGUCCAUCUUUAUAUACGGUCUAUGGUGUGGAGCGAUGAGGAGACUGUACCGUUUCUCAAAUGAAUACAUGAAACAAACAUAAAUGUCAUAUUUCCAUCAUGUUUUCCACUUCGUUUUCAUUUGUUUGAGGUUUGACUGGCACUCUUUUAAUUACGUCAUCUCGUUGCGCCCUCCUCUUCUGCAAUGCACCCGACUGGAGAAUUAGUGCAACCAACUGUUUAUCUCGAUGAACAAAUUCUUAAUAUUCACAUGACAGUAGCUGGUGGAAACAUGCAUUCAUUUGCAUUUUCUUUUCCUGAUUUUAUGGAAAUUAAUUUAAAAUUUGCACUAAAUUCUGAUGGAAACUUGGCUACUGUUGAAGCACUUCUACUGCUUGGAAAAGCCUGAAACUCUCCCAGUUGAAUCAACAGUACAAAAGAUUAACAACUGUGUAAGAAUAUAUCAGUUUUUUUGAUAAAAAGUUGAAGGUACAAUGUGUACAUAAAAACUUCAACGUUAAUUACAACUCCCAAAGUGCAUAUCAGCAAUAAACAUCCAAUCACAGGGCUUAAAAUGUCUGUGACCAAAAUGUUGUGUCUCUAAUAAACUCUGUGCGGAAUGCCUGCAGAAACAUGAUCGCAUUUUCCUACACACCUGUCCACAAGGUGUGCUUGAGAUUAUACUUAUCAAUUCUAAACAGGACCAAAUGCUAAACCAGCCACCCAUUAUUCAGCAGCAGCCCCGGGGUAUAAGCCCAAUGAUGCACACUCGCUCAAAAAGGGUAAAAACUUCAAGCAGUUCAACAAUAUUUGAAUAAAACCCAGUUGACUCGACCACGACCCCUCUCAACCAGAUACAUCCCAAUUUAGGAGGAAAUCAUAGAACCUAUGGUAUAUUUUAUGAAUGUAACAAUGCAACAAACAUUGAAUAUCUACAAAAUGUGCAAUGUUGUCCAGCAACAAACCAAAAAAAAAAAAAGAUGCCUACUUCUGUUUCCAAUUGCUUACAAUGCAAAUGUCUCUACAGUGUCUUCAUACUUUGUGAUGUUGUGUCGACAUUAAUCCGACUGUACCUUUAGAUAAGAGACAAAUGUUAUGACUUAAAAUAUUGUAGCACACUCAAAAUUACCUACAUAUUUGUUUUGGGCCAAACAUUUUAAGAGAAACAUAUAGGCAUAUAAGAGUUGGUUUUUAGUUCUGUAAAUAGUUACAGAAAAUGAAAUACAGAUAUUAUCCUACGACUUUAUUUUCAUACCUACAUACAUAGCACUAUAUAUUUUAUUUUACAUUCCACAGCUAUUUUGUUUUACAAAAGUGAAAAAGAUUAUAUAAAAAGAUGCUUUAAAGUUUUGAAAUUAAGCAAUAUUUCCACAAGACUGUAUUACUUUGAGUAGUACAAUGAAUAAUAUGCCACAGGAUAUGGAGCUACAGUACAAAUGUGAAUUGAAAGACAUAACAUAGACAAAUGUGACUGAAAAAGCCUGAAUAUACUAUUUUUGUUUAUAUGUUUGUGACAUCCCAUGGUGUAUUUUCUUUUAAAUGUAUUUCACUCAUUUUAAAAGAAUAUUUCUAACUUACAGGCUGACAGUCUGUUGAUUUUACCCUGGUAGCUUUAAUGAAGCUGAUCAUUUAUUUAGACUAAUUCUGGUUGAAAUAAUUAAUCUUUACAACAUAUUUUCCUUUAUAUUCAAUCAUUAUACAUGCCCACAUUUGAAUUGAAACUUGCUAUUUAAAGGUGAAAUGUAACUUAAAGAUGCAAACCAUUUUGUCUCCACAGAGGUAAAAAGGUUCAUAAUGAUGUCAAGCACUUUUUGUGCCAGUGUUACUGUAGCCUCACACACUCAGAAGCAUUAGUAUUUUAACAGUGAGCUUAAGUAUAAGUCUUAUUGUGAUCCAAAAGCAGCUGAAUAUGGCUUUAGAAUAAGAGAAUAAGCCAACAGACUUUAAGCUUUUCUCUGUUUUUUAUUAGUCAUAAUGUUAUGCCAUUAGCAAAAGACUAACCCGCCCCUGUACUGGCGCUUUUGAUUCGAAACUGGGUCAAAGCCCGUAGAGUAAAUGUCAGUUCGCAUGGCUCUUCUUGUUUAAUGUUGUUAAGGAUGUGCUUUGUACACCAGCUUUGUCUAACUAGGCUCUCCCCUUAAUUUGUCUGAGCAUUUAUUCGCCUGCGUAUUUGUUCCUGGUAAUAAACAACAUUUCUCCUAGACGCAGUGGAAACAUGCAUGGGAUAUUCACUAGAUUUCGAAUCCACAGGGGGGGGGGGGUGAACUUUUGCUAUUAAUUUUUCCUUUGAUGAGAACAUGUACAUUGUACAAAAUAUAUAUAUGAUAUAUAAAUUAUACAUGGUGUGAGAAGCAGGGACGUGGUGGAGUAUAACAACUAAAAGGAAUGUUACACUCGUGCUACAGUUUCUGUCGUUCCAUGACAUGCUUUUGUGGACAGCUAAUAAACGACUAGAGUUUAAACCGUA